AUGAGAGUUGGUGAUGAAAAGCACCUCAAGAAUCUCUCAACCAUACCUGCGGAAGGGAGCUAUAACCAGGUAUUCUUUGAGGCAGGCCUAAGCAGACUGCAGCUCACAGGCUGCUUUGAACUACUCUUCCCAGCCUUAACAGCAGCUGAAGAAGACCUUGAUGGCUCAGGUCGUAGAGUCUUUCACAACCUCGUUCCCAACUUUCGACUGAGAUUCAGCCCAGCUCUGAAGGAAGCUGUGCAGAACGAAGAAGACUCGCACGAGUUAAAUGUAAGAGAGCUUGAUGUAAGACUGUGUGAUGAAUCAUCAUGUAAAUACGGAGGAGUGUGUGAAGAAGAGGGCGAUGGCUUGAAAUGUGCAUGUCAGUUUCAGUGUCACACAAAUUAUAUUCCUGUUUGUGGAUCAAAUGGAGACACUUACCAAAAUGAGUGCUUCCUUAGGAGAGCUGCUUGUAAGCAUCAGAAAGAGAUAACAGUGGUAUCAAGAGGACCUUGUUAUUCUGAUAAUGGCUCUGGCUCAGGAGAAGGAGAGUAUGAAGGAUCUGGGACAGAAGGUCAGAGGAAGCACUCAAAAUGUGGAGUUUGCAAAUACAGAGCUGAGUGUGAUGAAGAUGCAGAAAACGUUGGGUGUGUAUGUAAUAUAGAUUGCAGUGGAUACAGUUUUAAUCCUGUGUGUGCCUCUGAUGGAAGUUCCUAUAAUAAUCCAUGCUUUGUUAGAGAAGCAUCAUGUCUGAGACAAGAACAGAUUGACAUAAGACAUCUUGGACACUGCUCAGAAACAGAUGGCACAAAUGGAGUUGGAAAGAAAGAUGAUGGAAUGCAGUAUCGGCCAGAAGUGAAAGAUGCCAGUGAUCAAAGAGAAGACAUUUACGUUGGAAACCACAUACCUUGUUCAGAAAGCUUCAAUGGCUACUGUAUACAUGGAAAAUGUGAAUUCAUUUAUUCCACUCAGAAGGCUUCCUGCCGGACUGUAUUUGUCUUUCACUUUUCUUUGGCCAGAACCAAGAGAGCCCAGAAUGCCUUUGCUUCUCUUGGAAAACUGAGCACAUCCCCAACGUUAUCUUGGUGUGAAUCGGGAUAUACUGGACAGCACUGUGAAAAGACAGACUUUAGUAUUCUUUAUGUUGUCCCAAGUAGACAAAAGCUUACACAUGUCCUUAUUGCAGCAAUAAUUGGAGCUGUACAGAUUGCCAUUAUAGUUGCAAUUGUCAUGUGCAUAACAAGAAAAUGCCCCAAAAACAACAGAGGACGUCGGCAGAAGCAAAAUCUAGGCCAUUUUACUUCAGAUACUUCAUCCAGAAUGGUUUAACUUAGUGAUUUUUUUAUACCUACAUUGACCAUGUGAUGUACAUUUUUAUUAUAUCUUUUUUUUAAAGAAUGGAAUUAUUUAUUUCAGAGGCCUUAUUUUUGAACAUUUUUAGUGUACCAAUGUUGGUCUGUAUUCUGCAAGCAUCAGCUCUGACAGCUAUGGACUGUUUUAGUAACUUUACUUUCAUGUUUUUGAAUAUAGUAGUUUAUUUUCUGUAUCUGUAUCACAUGGUUAUAUAAUAGACUUGUGCUUUACUCAUGGAAUGUAAUAUUUUUGGGAACACAGACUUGUUUCACCAAUGGUUGUAGAUUAAAAAGCAAAACAACAAAACGUCCACAUUACCUAGCAAACAAGGCAUGAACUAAAGGUAAAAAUGUUUACAGCUUACUUUUCUUAUGAGAAACUAGAAAACACUGUGUUUAAAUACCGUAGAUAUUUAAAUGUUUUUGGAAGUUAGUAACUGAUUUUUUAGACACUGCCUAUCGCAUGAACUGUGAAGCUGUGUGCUGUGUGUAGUUGUAACAUAUUUAUAAAACGUAUGGGCUGGGUCUAAGCACUGCCAUCCUCAUGAAUAAUUCCAAUCAUUUAUUUUUAAAGAGGAAAAUUAUAAAUGUCAUAAUUUGGGAAAUUACCUGGUAGAGCAGAUGGCACAGGUCCAAAAGAAGAAGGUCUUAGUACAUUUAGGUAUUGUAAAAAUUGGUAUUGAAUAACUGAAUUCAAAUAGUUGGAAUAAAGCCUACUUUAUCACUGUUGAAGCUGUUUUAAUACUUUUUUAAAAAGAAUAUGUGUUUUAACACCUACAAUACAGAUCAUACAGUGUUUGUGAUUAAAAUAAAUAAACAAAACAAAAGUGAAUGAAUUACUAGUGCUCUUGUAUAUUUUCAAGAGCUAAAAAAGUCUAUCCAAUUUAGUCUGCUGGUCAUAGCUAUAUUAAUAGACUGUUAGAUGUUGUUUGAAAGAUCCAGAGAUAAAAUGUGAAUAGGAUGUGUUCAGAUGUUUAACAUGUAGUUUAGGCUUUCAAAAUUCUGCAUGUAGGAUUUCAUAAUUUGUUCAAUAAAAAAAAUUUCAACAUUUUGAACUGGAAAAGCAUGUCACAAUACAACGUUUUUCACUAUA